AUGCCUUGUUAUAUUGAUACAAUUGUAAAAAUUAGUCAAGUUCGUCAUUCUGAUAAAGAAGAAUCAAAUCUAACUGUUGUGUGGAGAGACAUUAAUUCACAAUCCGUCUUUGUUAAGAAUGAAUAUUAUAGUGUUGGAGGAAAGGUUAUUCCUGGAAAUUAUAAUGACAAUUUGAGAUUAGAAGAUGUUGCACAAAAGGUUAAUGAAGAAAAUGCAAUGGUUAGGGUGUUAGUAAAAGAUUAUGUUGAUCAGAGUAAUUCUUUUAUUAUUAGAAUCGUAUUUCCUUAUAAUAACAAUCAAUUCAAAUAUUUGAUGAAUUCUGUUCAUCCUGAUGAAUCAUUGAUGUUUGUUAUUGGACUGAUGGAAAUUAUACAAGAUGAUUUAUAUGUAUAUGCUAUUGAGACUUCUUACGUCGAUUUUGCUUUCCAGGAUGCAAACGGAAAUUCUUUUAAAGAAUUUGCUACUGAAAGUUAUAGUAAAUGUAGAGAGUCAAAUCAGUUUAUAACUGAAUCACCUGCGUCUAGCUCUCAUUCAUCUAAAUAUGUAAGGGUAGAAGAUGAGGAUCCGAAUCAUAUUGAUUCUGAUUAUGUCGAGGAUAAGUGUGAGUAUGAUAAGGGUUACACAAAAAGUGCUGAAUCAGAUGAAAAUGUCAUUGAUAUAAGUAAAAAGUCAGGACGUAGUUAUGAAAAAGCAAAUAAAGGGGAAAUAAAUUGUUCGAUUGUACAUAAUAUGAGAAAACGAAGUGAGAUGCUCAAAAAUAUGAAUGAUAAUGCUGUUGGAGAGGAGUACAAGAAAACAAAUUGA